UCCCUGUGUCGAUUGCUUUGGUAGGACACGGGAAGUCGAGGUCUCGAACGAAGGGUUCAAGGGUUCAAGGGAGGGACGGACAGCGCAGGACGGACAUGCAGCGACACAUGCAUCCUUCGUGGAAGCGAUGUCGAUUGAGGCCCGGGCGAAGGUUGAUGCAUUUUGAUCGGGGGUUUAUCGUUUGUCGUUCGUCGAUCGUGGUCUCGGCCUGGGAGCAGACAGCGUCACGCCUUACACCGCAACGCCCACGCACUGGCUCACAUACCUUGCAGAGCCCAAGAUAAACACCAACAGACGCCAGAGAU